AUGGCUGAUGCGCUCAUUUCCAUACUGCUAGAACGGUUGGCCUCGACAACCUAUGAAUACAUAGAAGGAGGGGUGAAACUUGUUUUGAACGUUAAGGAAGAUGUUGAGAAAUUCACUCGGACUCUCCGAGUUAUUCAAGCUGUGCUUGAGGAUGCAGAGCAACGCCAAGUGACGGAUCAAGCUGUCAAAAUCUGGUUGGAUGAGCUCAAAGAUAUAUCCUACCAGAUGGUGGAUGUGCUGGAUGAGUGGAACACAGACAUUCUCAAACAACAAGUUGAGAAGCAAGAAAGAGAACAAAAUGCUCUUGUUCCCCCCAAUAAGAAGGUACGUUUCUUUAAUUUCUCCCGUUUCUUUUCUUUUGGCAAAGACAGUCGGGAGAUUUUUCGCUGUGAAAUUGCUCGGAAAAUAAAAGAUCUGAAUGAUAAGUUAACUGAGAUUUAUGAGGAAAGAAAAAAGUACCAGUUUCUACGCAAAUAA